AUGUCCAGGAAGGCUGAGUCCCUCGAAACCAUUGGUCUUCUCACCCGCAUCAACUGGCCGGCAUGGGCGCCUGCGAUGCGUCUUGCGCUGCAGUCGAUUAGCGCAUUCCGCGUCGCGAACGGCGAGCAAAAGAAGCCGCCCGCCUCGAAGCCGCUCAAUCAGUCGCUCAAGGAUUACACGUCUUUAUGCAACGACUACGAUGCGAAGGACGCCAAAGGGAGGACCCUGAUCAGGUCACAUGUCGACGAAAACACAUGGUUCAAGCUGAAGGGAGCUGCUGUCGACGCAAACCUACACCAAGUCUGGACCGCACUCGUACGAGCUUACGAGACGAACACCGUCCCAUUCGUGGGAACCAAGACGUUGAGGGCGUACUGGAACCUACGGUACGAGCCAGGCACGAGAGUCACGUCGUUCAUGACCGAGGUGGAACGACUCGGGGAACUCUGCAACCGGCAGAAACUGUCGUUCUGGAAGCAACAGCUUGGGAUCGGCACCGAGGAACUGCAGGGUUUCUACACUCAGAUCGUCGAGAUCCUUGGAGAGGAACGUGGCAAAGCCCUUUUGUCGAUGGUCCUACACGUCGACGACUUCGCCAUCAAAACUGUUCUCAUGGAGCAGCUUCCCGAGAAGUACACGUUCGCAUUCCGCGAAGAAAAGGACGUCGACUUAUUCCUCGAGAAGGUCCGAACCGCCUACGAUGAAGACGUCAUCAUGAACGGUGUCAACCACAAGGAGCAAACGGAAGCACCUGCGAGCGCGUUCGCCGCCGCUCGCCAAGAGGCCGAUCCGGGUCGGGCACCGCCUUGCAACGGCAAUUGCGCUUGCGGACAGCAACCCCAUGCAUUCGCGACGACUGGUCAGUCCGGGGGGGAAUUACGCAACUCGUCUCCCGAGUUGUGGGUUUCACCACUCUCGACAUGGGCAGUCUUCUGA